UUUGUGUUCAGUUGUUCUGCCUUACGAUGCUGGGUAUGUGCUUCUAAUGUAAAUACCAUGUGUAAAGAUCCGAUGAAUACUUCAGAUCAUAAUGCUGCGUUCCAUAUAAGAACUUGCGAUCCAGGUCCCUACGGCUCUUCGAAACCUAUUUGCCGCAAAAUCGUCAAACGAGAAAUGGGCGAGCGGGUUGUCAUACGUCAGUGCUCCACUCCAUAUCAUGAUGAAAUGGACAUCAUUGAUGGCCAGUGCGGCAACUCCAUGACACAGACAGGACGUGAUGUAAUUGAAUCCUGCCACAUUUGCAGCAGCGAUUUGUGCAAUUCGGGAACAAUCUCCUCCGCGACGAGACUACUUUAUAUCAUCGUAAUGAUAUUUCUUGCCUUUACUUUCCACCAGUCGAAAUAUGUUCUUUAACUUUAUAAUAAUAAUCUAUAGUUAAUAAAAAAAAGAGUGAUUCAACGCGGUAACUACAAAUACUUAAUAUAAAUCUAUAACUAAAACUAACAAACUUUCAUUGCGAAAAAACGCAUUAUUUUCCGACUUUAUAGCGAUUUAAAAAAUUGUAUGAAAAGUACAUUAAUAAGGCCAAAACAACCUUAUGUAAUUUUCUUCUGGCUCUUAAGAGCAAUAUUACCUUGCAAAAUAAAUAAUUGGAAACGAAAAA